CUCAUUUCAGGCUCUUCGGUGUCAGUGCUCGGUGUCUGCCUUAGAGAACUACGAGAAGGGGCUGCUAGCAGCCGCAUCACGGGGCGCUGACUUGCUGCGGUUGGUGGUGGCGACGGAACGGUAGGAGGGCGGCCGGCAGCGGGAGCUUCUCCUGUCGGGCAGGAGGACGAGUAGAAGGGAGAGGCACCACCACAUGCUGGAGGCUGGAGCUUGUGCCGCCGCAGCUCGCCUCACUGCAGUUGGAGGUGAUGUCGGACACUACAGCUUGGCCAGAGUGGUAGAAAUAUUAUUGCAUAGGAUUACCAGGAGACACCAGGUGCAGCAGCAGCUUCGGGAUAACUUGAGGAUGCAUCCUGGGGAAGAGACACCUCCUGUCCAUGGCGCUGACUACUGAGGACAGCUUCGGUGUGGCUUUUCUGCGGCCGGCUUCUUUGAGGCCUUUUUCUUUCAUGGAUGGUAGAGAGCAGUCUACAGCCUGAGACCCAUCACAAGGUUCCUUGUGAGACACCUGGGGGACUCCAAACACCAGGAAUCCAUCUGCCCACUGGUCCGGAGAGAGGGAUCCUCAGCCUCCUUCCAGGGUUGAUGGCUCAGGAGGCCUUCUCUGCAGGGGACCAGGACACAGGAAAGCCAGGAAGAGGUGGAGUCUCUGUUGCCCAAACUGGAGUGCAGUGGCAUGAUCUCUGCUCACUGCAAGCUUCACCUCCCGGUUUCACGCCAUUCUCCUGGCUCAGCCUCCCAAGUAGCUGGGAUUGCAGGUGCCCACCACCACACCCAGCUGUGUUGGGAGUGGAAGAGGAGGAGGCCCCCGACAUCGGCAUAUACCACUGCCCAAACUAUGAGAAAACCCAUGUGAAGUCCACCUGCAGGCCAAGCGUCCUGUGUUUUCAUUUGCUAAUCUGGCCACCCUUGCUGAGGCCUGUCACCUGGCCACCUCACAGCAUCACCAGGUCAGAGGAAGAGUGGUCGGGGCACUUCAUUGAGCCAAGAGAAAAGCAGGUGACACAUUGUGAACAAUUCAAACAAAAAUAAGGAGCAAGAAGGCAAAGCCGCCUCUGACCUUGGCCACCCCCAUCCCACUCCUCGGAGAG